AUGCAAAUAACAAGAACGGUCCUAAAACUGAAGAAACCGCGUACGCGUACGCGCACGUUACGCCUUGUAAGACGGAGAGUUACGUUUACACCCGAUACGGUGGACAACGAGCACAUGGGGAAGAAGAAAAGUAAGUGCUGUUGCAUCUACAAAACGGGGAAUGAUAAGACGAAGAAUAAGUAUGAGAGGUAA